GAAGAACCAGAGAAGGCAGAGGAACUAAAGUUUGUAUUUUGAUGGGGAUAAUGGUUGAUUCCCAAGAUGAGGGUGUUGGUAGUAGUGGUGGAAGAUGUUCAAGGGGAUUUCGAAGUUUGAUGAGGAGAAAGCAGGUCGAUUCGGCUCAUGCCAAGGGAGAGGGACACCACCAGUUGGCCAAGGAAUUAUCUAUUCUUCAGCUCAUUGCAAUUGGUGUUGGAUCGACCAUUGGGGCUGGAGUUUAUGUUCUUGUUGGAACAGUUGCAAAAGAGCAUUCUGGGCCUUCCCUCACUAUUUCCUUCCUCAUAGCGGGAAUAGCAGCUGCACUUUCAGCUUUUUGUUAUGCAGAGCUUUCUAGCCGCUGCCCAUCUGCUGGGAGUGCCUACCAUUAUUCAUAUAUUUGUAUUGGAGAAGGCGUUGCUUGGAUGAUUGGCUGGGCUCUUAUACUGGAGUAUACUGUUGGAGGAUCUUCAGUUGCUCGUGGCAUAUCUCCGAAUUUGGCAUUGUUCUUUGGGGGGCCAGAUAGUCUGCCUGCUUUUUUGGCCCGUGUACAGAUUCCAGGGCUUGAUGUUGUGGUUGACCCAUGUGCUGCAAUUCUUGUCCUUGUGUUCACUGGACUCUUGUGUGUGGGCAUUAAGGAGAGUACGCUCGUACAAGCCAUUGCAACAACAUUAAACGUCUGUGUCAUGGUUUUUGUCAUAAUAGUUGGUGGAUAUUUGGGUUUUCAGACUGGCUGGGUAGGAUAUGAAGUUCCUAACGGGUAUUUCCCGUAUGGAAUAAAUGGAAUGCUUGCUGGGUCUGCAACAGUCUUCUUUGCAUUCAUUGGUUUUGAUUCAGUUGCCAGCACAGCUGAGGAGGUGAAGGAUCCUCAGCGAGAUCUACCACUGGGUAUAGGGAUUGCACUUUCUAUUUGUUGCAUCUUGUAUAUGCUCGUUUCUGUUGUCAUCGUUGGCCUAGUACCAUUCUAUGCGAUGGAUCCGGACACCCCCAUAUCUUCUGCGUUUGCUAGCCAUGGGAUGCAGUGGGCAGUGUACAUAAUCACAGCUGGAGCAGUUACUGCACUCUGUUCAAACUUGAUGGGUUCAAUACUUCCUCAGCCUCGAAUCCUGAUGGCAAUGGCUAGAGAUGGAUUGCUGCCGGCAUUUUUCUCACGUGUUAAUAAACACACUCAAGUUCCUGUUAAUGGCACAUUAAUUACUGGAAUCUGUUCUGCAAUUCUGGCAUUCAUUAUGGACGUUUCACAAUUGGCAGGAAUGGUCAGUGUGGGAACACUUCUUGCAUUCACCAUUGUUGCAGUUUCUAUCUUGAUUCUUAGAUAUGUUCCCCCAGAUGAGGUGCCACUUCCAUCAUCACUUCAGGCUUCAAUUAAUUCGGUCUCAUUGCGGUACAGUAGUAUUCCUCAGGAGAUUGAUGGGGGCAACCCAAAGGAUCCAGCUGGUGACUCGCAAGAUGGUAGUCAACAUUCACAGGGAAAGUCAGAAGUUUCCCUUCAAUAUCCUCUUAAUGCAAAAAGUGGUCAACAUAAAUUAGCUGAACUAAAAAGGCGGAAAACUGCUACUUGGAACAUAGCAUUUGUAUGUGUUGGAGUGCUUCUCCUCACCUCAGGGGCAUCAGCUGAAUAUCUUCCCUGUAUUCCUCGCUUCACAUUAUGCGGAGUCGGUGGUGCGCUUACCUUGUGUGGUUUGAUUGUGCUUUCCUGGAUAGAUCAAGAUGAUGCAAGGCACAGCUUUGGACACACAGGGGGUUUUAUUUGUCCAUUCGUCCCACUCCUACCUGUUGCGUGCAUCCUCGUAAAUGUCUACUUAAUGAUAAAUCUUGAGGUUAGCACAUGGAUGCGUGUAUCUGCAUGGAUGAUCAUUGGUGUGUUUGUGUAUUUGUUCUAUGGGAGGAACAACAGCUCACUGCGUGGUGCAGUUUAUGUUCCCAUAGCCCACGUUGAGGAAAUAUAUCGCAGCUCCGCAGAUGUUCAGUUUUAGGCAAA